AUGAACUUCUGCGUUGCCCCUUGCCUCACUCUGUCCCCAAUGGCCGACAGUUGUCCGUUCGAGGCCAUCAGGUUGUCGUUCACAUGCAAUGUCAGGAUUCCCCUGGGACCGACAACGUUCACCCCGGGUGGCUCAAUGUCCAUUUCAUCACCACAUGUAGAGAUCUGGCUUCAAAAUAAACAGGUACUGAUAAGAGAUCAAAACACCGCAUAUGGAACGUAUGUGAAUGGUAUCCGAAUAGUACAACAAACUCUCUUGCAGAAUGGCGACAUUCUUACACUGGGUGUUCCAAUAAUUCGGUCCUCUGCUGUCCCCACCCAUGUGACAAAUGCCCAACUCAAGCCCAUUAAAGCAAUAGUGACUAUUGUGGGUGUCUGA